UAUACUAUAACACGAGCCAUCAAGGGCAAGCCAGCCAGCCAACACCCCACAGCAACUUGACUUCAUCCAUCUAGGAUUCGAGCGAGCGAGCGAGAGAUGGCGAGGAAGGAGGCAUGGAGGAGGAGCGGCUUGGUGAGGCAGUACACCAGGUCCAGCGUGCCGAGGAUGAGGUGGACGGCCGAGCUCGAGAGCAGCUUCGUGGGAGCCGUCGAGCGCCUCGGCGGCCGGGACAGCGCCAAGGUGACUCCGAAGCGCAUUCUCAAGCUGAUGGAUGUCUCAGGGCUCACCAUAUCCCACGUCAAGAGCCACCUUCAGAUGUACAGAUGCACACCGCAUGACAAUGGAAAGAAAGGUGACGGAGGCGCCAAAAUUCGUUCUGCCUUUCUUCCUGAGACGCGGCCACAACUCGAUCUCAAGAAUCGCCCAUUUGCCACGGACGAGCGAGGCUCCGAAGGACUCACAUUCCCACCCAUGAAAAGGGCCAAGGCAGGGACAGAGGUUGCAGCCUCAUGCAAGAGCAUGCAAGGGAACAGUGGUAUGAGCGUGAUGAUUCCUGGCAACCGUUGCUACAUUGAUGAUUACGUGCAAGUGCAAGCAAUGUCCAUGGACAGGAUGAGGAGGAGCGUGAACCAGGGCCUCCGACUCCGACGGCGCAGCGCUGCUGCUGCAAGCCUCCAGGAAUUAGGACCCUGGGUGCAAGGCCCAGAGGCCUCUAAGGAUAGCAAGCCGGAAGCAGUCCGUCGUCUGAACCAUACGACGAGACAGUUACCUUCCAUGGAGAGCUACGAGAGUGGGUGCUUCCUGUUCAGCAGUGCAACGAGCGGAGAAGAUGAACCGGCUUACUUGGGGGGCAACGGAUGCUCGCCGUCGCCCUGCUUCGCCGUGGAGCAGAGAGCCGUGAAAGAUGUCUCCCCCUGGCCCAGCGAGAGCAGCUGCGUGCUCUCGCCGUCGUCCAGGAGCUUCAGCGACUGCUCGGGGCCUCCGGGCUGCAGCUUUGCUGGGCAGGGGAUUAGCCUGGAACUCUCCCUGUCGAUGCCUGGAUUGUAGUUUAGAACAUUACGCAUGCUAGCUGUUUUUGUAGAACGGUUUCAGCAUUGGGUUCUCAUGUUUGUUUCAGCUGAUCAUCUGGUGCUGUUUUUGUUGGUAGUCCUCCAAGCAUGCCGCAAAUGGGCUAGUGAUUAGGCGCUUUUCCCUCUUCUGAAAAGGAGGGUACACCCCUGGACUCUGCUAGUGAAUAGUCGCUUUAAGAGACGUCUUGAAUGUAAGGCAGUAUGACAAGGGAUGUAAUUAUGUGAGUAUUAACAGUCUUGGUAAACUCUGAA